CCAGGUUCAGGUUUCUCCUGUGCCACUUACUGUGAAGGUCUGGGCACAGUACUCACCUCUCUGUGUGGGUCACGUGCAAACUACUAGGAAAAAAAGCCCCUUCAGGUGCAAGUUUCUAGGAGUCAGCAGGUGUGUGUGACAGGCGUCACCCACAGCGCCUCCACUUACUCCCCAGUCUCCAUGAGGAUGUGAGCAUCCCUGCGGGUGGGGACUGACGCUCAAGCACAGUUCUUUCAUCCCAGUGCCGAAAAGAGUGUCCUGCUUAUUUUUAAAUGGAGAGAAAAAGGAAAUGCAAAGUAACUUCCGGCCUCUCAGAAUCCAGACCACACAGCUCUGCACUCAGGCAGCAGCGCCUCAGAGCCAUGCGGUGACAAAGCCGUGCUGCCCUCUGUCUUCCGAAGGGAGAAUCGCUCUGAGGGCUCGAUCUGAAACCGAAAGUAAAAACCAGGAAACAGAAACUCCUCUGAAAAGGCAGCCAGAAACUUCUCCUAGUGGGGAGGGAGUGAGCUGACGUGGACGCAUUUCCCAAAACGCUAACUUUGGACCCGAGAGGGAGAGGGAGGAUGGUUUUGGACAUUAGAACGUGGGAGCAGACCUUUCAAGAACUGAUCCAGCAGGAGAAACCCUGGGCCAAGUGGACCCUGAGGCUGAAGGAAGAAAUCGAGGCUGAUUCUGUGGCCCCCGAGUGGAAGCAACACCAGCAGACAGCAGUUGGCAGGUUCUGGUGUACCUCGUGUCAUCAAAGUUGGGAUUCUGCCCAGGUGAAGAUCCUGUGCCACGUGUACUGGGAGCACUGGACGUGCCAGGGCCAGGUGCUUAUGCGGAUUUUUGCUCAGAGGUGCCCGAAGUGUUUUUAUUCCCAACUUGAGAAUCCUGAGUUCUCUACCGAUAGCAUCAUGAAGAUUCUAGAAAACCUGGCACAGUAUAUUCUGCACAGAUACUAUGGACAUGGCUUCAGGAAGAGGCCAGUGAUCUGGGCGGUGCCUCUGCAAGGGCCCCAUGACUCACGCGAAUGUCAGUCCUGCCUUGGAGGCGUGUGUGUGCAGGGCUCACAAAGACGUAUAAUAGAAAAGCCAUCCACUUCCUCUCCCCAAUCCCUGGAGAUUCAGGGUUCUUCACAUCCAGAUAGUGGUGUUUUAGGCAACAAUGAGCCCAGGUUUUCCUGGAACAUCCUUAUAUCAGUCUGUUUUAUACUUGCAUGUUUGACUGCCAUUUUGAAUGAGUUUAAAAAAUAAGCUUGCCUUCUUCUCUUGUGUUAAGUACAUGCUAAUCAAUAAACUGGCUGCUAGUUUCAUGUGACAGACUGUUCUUUGACAUCAAGCAAGUUUGCAGAGUGAGCACUGUUUUCCAGGACAUCCCCGAAAGAUAGUGUAAAACAUGCUAAGUCCAUAUGGACCAAAUAAUAAAUAUGCAUUGAAUCACUAACAGUCUUCAUUCACUCCCUCAUUCACUGGUGUCGAUAUAUAUGGAUCAAAUUUUGACAGGAAAAUGUCAUGAGUAUUAUCAGAAAGUUAUUUGGUAGUGUAAAUAAUGCUACCUCCUGUCCACUGCCCAAAGGCUCCUGUCCUUAUCACCCAGACCUGUGAAUGUGUAACUACUGGGCAAAAUGCAUUCGGUAGGUGAGAUGAGUUGAAGGAAUCUUGAGAUAAAUGGAUUAUUUUGCACAACACAGGUGGGCAGUAAGAAAUGUCUCCCAAAGGUUCAUGUGUUGAAGACCUCAUUUCCAGAUGACAGGACUAGUGUGAGGUGGUGCAAGUUUUAGAAGGUUGUCAGUGAAACUAAGUCACUGGGGUGGUGUUCACUCUGCCACCCUUUGUAGGGUAGAUUGUUCCUGCUUGGUACCUCUGCACAGGUUUAAAAUUCUCUGAUGUUGGAGGGCUGGAGAGUGUCUCAUUGGAGGCUCAGCUGCAUUCUUAUAUCUGCAUGGAGGCUCCAAAGGUGCAGAGGUUACUACUCAUCAGUGCUGGCCU